AUGAGAAGAGGUGAGCGAUUGUGCAACAGGAGCGGAUGGAGGAAACGCCCUGAUCAAAAAAGUGGUCACCCUCUCUCUGGACCAGAUCCAACAAGUCCGACGAAAAAGGAUGUCAAACACCGCUUCGAGAUCACAAAAAAGUUAGGCUCCGGUACAUACGGAAAGGUCUCGUUGGCGUUCGACCACAAAUUCGACCGUGAAGUGGCAGUGAAGCUGAUCAAGAAGAGCGCCAUCGAAAACAAAGCCGAUCUGGUACGAAUACGUCGUGAGAUCCGGAUUAUGUCCGCUCUUCAUCACCCAAACAUCAUCCAGAUCUUUGAGGAAUCGAGAAAAAAUCAUUCUGGUCAUGGAAUACGCAAGCGGCGGCGAACUUUACGACUAUGUCUUCUCGUUUUGGGUCGUUGCCAGAGAGUGAAGCCAGGCGAAUUUUCCGGCAAAUCACCUCAGCCGUACUAUACUCAUCAAGUGGCUCAUAGGGAUCUCAAAUUAGAAAAUAUCCUGCUCGACCAGGAUAAUAACGCGAAGAUCGCCGAUUUCGGCCUCUCCAACUAUUUUGGGACAAAGUCCCUUCUUACCACUUUUUGCGGCAGUCCACUCUACGCCUCUCCAGAGAUCAUCAAUGGCACCCCUUAUAAACGCCCUGAGGUCGAUUGUUGGUCGCUGGGUAUUCUUCUCUACACCCUCGUCUACGGUUCCAUGCCAUUUGAUGGACGUGAUUUCAAUCGAAUGGUUCGACAAAUCAAGCGCGGUGCCUACUACGAGCCGGAUACACCAUCAACAGCGUCGAUGCUGAUUCGCAAUAUGCUGCGAGUGAAUCCGGAACGCCGUGCUGACAUUUUCGACAUCGCCAGCCACUGGUGGUUGAAUCUCGAGGAGAAUAUGCCUAUAACCGACCACACCCCACUGACGGAAAGAGCGGAGACAAUGAUCGUUCAGGAUUUGGCUGAUGAGACGGAUGUCUUCAUGGAGUUUGGUCACCUCAGCAAUGAAACACGAAAGAAGAUUGAAGAAUUCCGGCGACGCCGAAAGCAGGCUGAGGAAUACAACGAGAACUCUCCUGUCAAGCCACCGAAGGUAGAAACCCUGAAUGUUAUUUUCUCGACGGCUUAUAACACGGCACGAAAGGAUGGUGAACAAGUGGCUGAAAUGAAGAGCGAGGACAAGAGCUUGAGAGGAUUAAAGGAGCCAGCUAAGGUGAUGGCCCAAGGGAAUCCUCCCUUAUUGCUCUUGAUUAAUCAAAUCAAAAUUCAGGAGAAAGAUAGCGACGACCCAUUGGAACGAUUACGGCAGAUUGAAAAUCGUCUCGGGCAGCAGCGGAAAAAGAACACACUCAGUAAUGUGCCGCAAACAGUAAGUGACCGCUUUAUUGCUUUCAGUUCAGAAUACCACAGAAAGUGA